CAUUUCUAUAAUUGGGAUUCAGCAGGAUUGAGAAGUUAAACGGGUAUUCUGUGCGGUGUGUUUUACAUGCGCCAUGGUUUAGGGUAUACAAUUACCGUGUCCGCAUCCCCGCACGCCCGGUUGUUUGGAUUAGCCCGCCGAGUCCAGGGAUCAAGAUCUGGCCAUUCUGCUCCAGUAAGUUGGGAAGUAUGGAAGAACAAUCCCAGUGUGGCGUUUAUAGUCUGGAAAUCGACGGUUCCCGUUGGUGUGAAGCGAUGUGAGGAAAAGCCACGGGGUCAUCUCAUCGAGGACCGACACAGCUCCAUGGCAAGCAACUUCAAAUCGGGCUGAUCGUUUGUCUCGCACUAUGGCUGGUCAGUCAAGCUUGCGUGAAGACCUGAACAUCCUACGCAGGAGGGAAUGGGAGCGGAGGAACCAGGAGACGCAGCAGAGCCGGGAUCUCUCCCAGGAGAGCACACCCCUUUUCGGGGAGCCGUACAAGACAAACAAAGGGGAUGAAUUGUCCAGCCUUAUCCAAAGGAUGCUGGGUAAUUACGAGGACGGGAACAGCUGUCUGUAUGACGGCGUGGUCAAGGACUGUCCCCCUGCACCGACGACGACAUCGUCGUUGUCCGCGUCGUACGGACGGCCAGGAGGCCCCACGCACAGGGACGAUCCGGACCCCCUGUUCCAGAACGCGUCGUCCUAUGCCAUCCCCCAAUCGGCCCAGGGGGAGCACAGCUCGGGUCGCACUUCCGAGUUCGCGCCGGCCCACGGCGGUGACGGCCCCCUGGACGCCCAGCCAGACGGGCAGGACUACUCCGUUACACCUCCGGUGCUGCCGGGCCUGACCCCGCCCGCGGAUCCGCUCUCCCCUUUACUCUCCAGCGACUCGGAGCACCAAGGGGACGACCCGCUUUCUCCUGUCCCGCCGGAGGAGCCGUCGCGACGUCCGCGGGCCCGGAAGGAGGCGACCCAGGCGGGCGGGGAAGGGCUCCCGCCGGCCUCCCAAACCUUGCAGCUCCCUCUGCCCUCUAAGGGCGGCUUGGCCCACUCUAGAAAGCCCAUGGCACUGGUACGGCCCAUGGACGGGCCGGAACAGGUCGCUAGCGAGUCGCCGGACCUCAAAGCCUCGCCCGAGGACUUCCACAGGCAGUCCUACGAGGGCUCUCCCCAGCUGAAGACCGCCAGCAAGCCCAGUGCUCCUCCGCUGAAGAUGCACAUGCACUCUGUGGAGUUGCAGGCGCUGUCGAGUGAGGUGCACUGUGUCGAGGACAUUCUGAGGGAAAUGACCCAUUCGUGGCCUCCUCUACUAACGGCCAUUCACACGCCAAGCGCUGCAGAGCUAUCCAAAUUCUCCUUCCCCAGCAAGGAGACCCACGUACAUUCAGGAUACCAGCAGCCUCAGAAGCAUCAUGAACCAUCUUCCAGAGUGUCCUUGCCCCCGUGUGUGGCAGAUCCAGUUGCGUGUGCCGUCGGCGGGGCUGCUGCACCAGCGCCCUCCAGUGGCCCGGAGUCUGGGAGCGAUUCUGAGAGCAGCUCGGUCUCCGAGUCCGACAGCGAAAGCAGUGAGCACAGCAGGAGCGGCGUUGAGGAGAGCUCUCACACCGUCAGGAGCAGCACGCCACCCGUGAAGGCAGAGGGGACUAAAGACAUUAGCUGGCAGUUGAUCAGCUGGAUUAAGGAGAACCAACAGAACCUGAACUCCCAGAACCAUGACGACAUAGCCGUGCGCCGUGACCCCAAAACCACUACAGACACCAAGCCGCAACCCCACAGCCACCUGGCCGAAGACUCCAAACCCAGGAGCAAACGGCACUACAACUCCCAUACUGCCCCUGCGCCACAGCCCGGGCUCAGCCAUGUUACCACGGAGAUGGAGCCCGUGGUCUCGAGCCAGCUUGCUGCUCACAAACCCCCUGCUUCCCGUGGUGACGCAGAGGUGGGCCCCAGGAAGACCGUGGGGACCAAACACCCGGGGAAGGGCAGAAAAGCCCCGCCCCUCCCGGAGAACCCGCAGGGCGGCCUGCGGGUGGAGAGCGUGGCGGUCACGGCCCGCGAUAAGGAAUCUGCUUUCACGGACAGGCCAAAGGUCAAGACGAAGAGCGGCGGCAAAUCGGACCGCCACAGGCAAGCCAAGCGCGCCCCCUCGGACAGGAAGGAGGGAGAGGACAUGCCACUUAAGGCCACCGUAACCACGGAGGAGAGGAAGGAGGUGGAGCCGGCCCCGUCUCCAAGCCCAGCCUCUCAACGCCCACGCUCCCCUCCAGCCAAGAGCAGAGCCGGCACCGGCGGCGUGUGGACCGAGACGCUCGCGCCCGUAAAGAGCUCCAAAAAGAUCCGGACACGCUCGCCCGCCAGAGACGGGAAGAGGGACUGCUCGUCCAGGGCGGCGGCAGGGACGUCCCGCGCCCUGCUGGUAAAGAUUGAGCUCAGCCAGCUCUCCAGAGUGCCCCAGCCUCCCAAAGCUGCCAAGCCCAACAGGGCAGCGGUGCCCCAGAAAGCAGGGCAGGAGAAGGAGCCCCACCCUACGGGCAGAGUGGGCAAGAAGAGACCUGCUGAGAACACCCAGCUGCCCGUGUGCAGGAAGAAGGUGAAACCGGAGAGCGCAAGCAGGCAGUCGUCUUCCUCCCAGCACUGCUCUGGCAAAACCCAGUCGCUCAAGACCACCACGGAGGAGAGGCUGAAGAAGGGCAAGAGCAGCAAGAAGGCGCCCGCGCCCGCUCCUCAUCCUCCCGGCUCGUCCCAGGGCCGCAGACGCCGCCCCGAGGAAGAGGAGGAAGGCGGCCAGCCGGGAGGCAAGCACAGGAGGAAGGGCAGAGGCAAGCCAGAGCAGCACAGCAAGAGCCACAAGAAGACAAUGAAGAGAAAUGCACCUGCCCCGGAACCGACCGCUUCCUGGGUCACCCCAGCCGCGCAGAACGAUGCGUCCGCCCCGGGGCCAACCGCUUCCGGGGUCGCCCCUGCCACGGAGAGACCCCUGCUCCAGUUUGAUGACAAGCAGUACUCGGUGGAUUACCAUAUGAAGGAAGCCAAGAAACUGAAGCACAAAGCCGAUGCCACGCUGGAUAAAAUGGGAAAAGCCUUCAGCUACCUAGACGCUGCUAUGUCCUUUGUGGAGAGUGGAAUCGCCAUGGAGACGGAUCCCCAGACACCCAAAUCUGCAUACACCAUGUUCUCAGAAACUGUAGACCUGAUCAGAUUUAUUCUGAAACUGAAGAACUACUUUGAGCCGUCAGCUCCAGCCUCUGAGCGGGACUUCCUGGUGCUCUGCAUGCGUUGCCAGUCUCUCCUGCAGAUGGCAAUGUUCCGCUGUAAGCGCGAUUCUGCGCUGAAGUACAUGCGCAUGCUCACCGAUCAUUUCAAGAACUCAAAGACUGUGCAUGCUCCCUCCCCCUGCAUCUCAAAAAGCAUGGGCACUCCUUCUCCCAUGUCUCCCACUCCGUCCCCGGCCAGCUCUGCUAGCUCUGGCGCUGCCUCCAACCCCGGCGGCAGCAGCACUGUGGCCAUUCCCCAGGUCGUCCAGCAGAUGGCGUGCUCCUACGUCAACAUCACCGCCCUCUUCCUCAGUGCUCAUGACACGUGGGAGCAGGCCGAUGAGCUUGCCCGGAAAGGAAGUGGCCUGCUGCAUGAGCUUGACCGUGCUCUGGGCCAGCUGAGCUUAACCUCCAGUAUGGCUGCUCUGGUGCGCUACACACGACAGGGCCUGCAUUGGCUCAGACUGGAUGCCUCAGUCUGAGCUCCCAUCACCCUGCUGACUGGCCAGGGGCGGGGCUUUUUAGUUCAGUAUGGUUUUAUGUUGUGCAGUGGCCAAUGAGAAGAAGCAGAAGAGGAGCGUGGGGGUGGGGAGACGAAUGCCAUUGCAUUCCUUUUGCACUUUGUUCUCUGAGAAGCCAAUCAGCUCUAUUUUAGCCAUUUCUCUGAGAGGAGGGAGAAGCAGAGGGUGUGUCCUGGUGUGGUGGUGGGUGGAGUUAUCCAUCUACCAGGCCAACCAGGUCGAUUCCUAUGAACACCAUAUCAGCAUAAACGAUGCUACCAGUUCACUGUCUGCGAGUGUGGUGGGGUUUGGUUUUGUUUGUUUUUCCUCUUUGACUACCAAAGACGGACAGAGAGACUCGGAGACACAACCCCUCCCAAGCUGAAGCGCAGAUGCGUUACCUUCUCCAUCACUGCCGGAGGGAAGCCGGGUGCCACUGUAAAGGGCAGAUGCUGAUGUCCCCAUUACAGAGCCUCGCAUCUACCCCCUCCACAUACUGUGAGUCACGAACUGGAAACUCCUCCAUGGACAACCACUUAUCUGGACCUCGGUCCUCCUUUCUGUGGUAAAGCCAAGCGAUGAUCUCGAGAUUUAUUUAUUUUUGCCUGUAUUAUUAUUAUUAUUAUUAUUAUUAUUAUUAUUGGUUUAUGAUGAUUUAAUAUAUUGAUCUUGCUGAAUGAUUGAUUUUUUUGCUCCGUCUGAUGUAAUAUUGACCUUUUGAACCACCAGCAGAGUAUAGCUUCCUUUCUUGUUCUAGUUGAAAAGUCUGAAUUCUCUUUUCCAUGAUUACAGUUCGAAAGGUUGUAGGAUGUCUCAUCACGCUCAUCAUUUAAGUGUUUGAGUGGUGGGUCCGUAGCGGGUCCUUGUGGAAUUUCGACGUUCUCGGAUUAGUUUUCCUUGCAGAGAACACAUCCGGUGCACAGAACUGAUCAGUUUCUCCAGAAGCCUCUGAUUUUCCUAAACCUGGUACUUGUCCAUUAAUUAAAAGGUAACAGACUAAUUCUACCUCAACAUCAGUAUGUAGUGGAGGCAGACGAACAACCACAAGCCC